CCGCGGGCAGUUUGUUAAAUAAUUAUGAAGUGUGUUAGAUUAUUUUCAAGAUAUUUAUAUUAGAUAACACAUGAUUUAUAAUGCGUUUGGCGCAUUUUAAGAUUUGCUAAUAUGGUAGUUGCAAACGAUGAGAUUCCUGGUCCAGCCCGUAAGAGGCCACGUCUUUCUCUUAAGAGUACCUUUCGAAAACUCGAUGACGUACAGAUAGUGCCGUCUUGUGAGCAACAGGGCACCACUCCACAGGAUAUCCGCAAAGAAACUGUUUCUGACCCAAACACUGGUUCGCUGAUUGGUCUGUGCACGGAUGAGGAUGAGGAUCUCGCCGAUGACUCCAUUAGCUUUGCUCCAAAGGAAGGACCCACUGUGCCUCCAGUGUCAUCACUGGAAAAUAUCGGUAACACCUGUUUCUUCAACAGUGUACUACAAGUGUUGCGCUACACCCCAGCAUUCCUAGAUGGCCUGGGGGAAUUGUUCCGGGAAAUUGUUGCUGUGGAGAAAACAAGAAGUACUGAUGUCGGCAAAAGUCAGGUUGGUGAUGAAGGUGACUCCAACAAGUUUCUGGCCUGGGAGUUUGUCAAACAGCUGUUCACGCUCUACAAGAGCAUGGAACAAAGAGAGGAGCGAUAUUUUGAGAUAGCCAGUGCUGAUGUGACGAGCAUGGCAGUGAAACCUGACCAAUUGUUAGACACCAUUAGAUUGCUGAAUCCGAUGUUUGAAGGAAACCUGCAGCACGAUGCUCAAGAACUUCUCCGCUGUGUUCUGUGUUACUUGGAAGAUGCUGAAAACGAGUUGCACAAAACACAGCUGGAUCUCCUUGGGAAGCGUCCCACCCCUUGUACAACAACACAGGACAUCAGAUGCAAUCCCAUCAUGCAGAAGUUUCUUGAUGCUGGAAAAAAGUUCACAAGAUCAUCGGAAAGUGUUGACAGAGCUCAGUCAGAUGGUCAAGGGCGAGUGAACGAGAGAGAGAACUGUGUGAGGAAGAGUGAAGAUAUUGAUGAGAUUGAUGGGGCUCCUACAGGCGAUGGCAACAGGAGUGACAUUCAAGGUGGAGUCUUUCUCCACUCGACCAUAGAGGCAAAGGUGCAGGCGCCAGUUGCUCCCAGUCGAACUUUGAGAAUGAGAAUGGCUAAAGGUAAAAAUACAUGCAGCAGUGGCAAUAAGUUUCCCCGAACUGUUUCAUCGUCUUCUCUAAGUGAACAAUCUGUGAAGCAAAUGGAUUCUAAGUUGGUGAAAUCUGCUUCAGAAAAUUGUUUAAUAAUCAAUGAGAAAUCAGAAAUUGCUUGUCACUUUAAAACGGAUAAGAAACCUGUAAAAAGAUUGGGCAUUCGAAGGACAGUUACGAAAAGAAUAGAAGAAAAUGUUUCAGAUGGUCCGACAUUGAAUAAACCUAGUGUCGGAGAUUAUCGACGGACAGUAGACAAUGAAAUUUCAUUUAGAAUCAAUUCUGAAUCGUCUUCCAAACUUAAUGCACAAUUUUCUGGAGUGAAAGAUUCGGCCACAGUCAUAAAGAAGGAAAAUUAUUCAGUUGCAAUGGUUGAAACGAAUAAGAUGUCAAGUCCUGCUAUACAGAAUGUCAAUUUUGAUAAGAUAGAUUGCAGCAGCACCAAGUUAGCAAAGAUGACAUUGACAAAACUGUCUCCUGCAAAAGUUACCUCAAACUAUGGAAGUGCCACAAAAUCUUUGAAGCGAGGUGAUAGUGAAAGCCCCAGAGAAAUGAAAGUUUCACUUAAAAAAUGUGACCAUGUAUGCAACAGCCCAUUGAAGACUGUUGUCGCAACUGAGGCAAUGAUAACUCUUGGCUGUGCGAGAAGACAGGUUAAUUUUGAUUGUGAUGUCCAAAACUCAAAACAAAAUGAAAAUGAUGAUGAAAAUUCUGUCGACAUUUAUUCGGAUGACAGUAGUGAUGACGUGGCUGAUUGGUAUUUGAAAGUGGUUCCUGUCAAACCACUGACAGUUAAAGUAGAGAACUGCGACAGCAUUUGCAACAGUCCUAGAAAAUCUGUCAGUGCUGCAUACGCAACGAAGUACUUGGCCGGCCGGAAGAUUGUGAAGAUUGACUUUGUUGAGCGCCUGUUCCAGGGCAGCAUGAUGUUGCGUACUCGCUGCCUGGAGUGUGAGUCGUCCCGCCAGAACACCGAGGUCUUCCAGGACGUCAGCGUGCCGCUCCGCGCACAGAAGGACCACGACGACUCGUCCGAUGAUUCAGAAAGUGAUGAUACAUGUUUGUCUAAGCUGAUGUCUGCGUUCACUGAGGUUGAGCGACUGCGCGAUGACAACAAGUAUUUCUGUGACCAGUGUCUGUGUUACGUGGAGGCCGAGCGCUCACUGCAUUACGACGUGCUGCCCAACAUCCUAACACUGCACCUCAAGAGGUUCUCCACGUGCACCGGAAUGUUUGGCAGCCACAGUGUUUCGAAGAUCAAUGACCAUGUGACCAUACCACUGGCCUUGCCAUGUCUGCGAUACAAGUGUCCGAAACCAUGCCGUCACCCAGGUCACAGGUACACACUGUUUGGUAUUGUGACUCAUGCUGGAAUGACCAUUUCCUCUGGUCAUUAUUUGUCGUAUGUUAAGGUGAACGUGAACUGCGGUCAGAUGGCGUCGUACACGUCCAGCCACACAGACAGCUCAAAACACUUCCAACAAGUCGGCCUCUGUACAGGAUCGGGGGAUAACUCUCUAGCACAAGAAUAUAACUCUUUAGCAGGAAAAAACAACUAUUUAGCAGGAAAAGAUAACGCUUUAGCAGGAGAAGAUAACUCGUUAGCAAACAAAGACAACUCUUUGGCAGAAAAAGAUAUACCUUUAGCAGGAAAAGACAACACAUUGGCAGGGAAAAAUAACUCUGUAUCAGGAAAAGACAGUUUGACAGGGAAAGAUGACUCAUUGGCAGUGAAAGAUAACUCAUUGGCAGGGAAAGAUAACCCAUUGGCAGGGAAAGAUAACCCAUUGGCAGGGAAAGAUAACCAUAUUGAGGAUGCCACCAGUUGUAAGGGACCACCCAUCGUUGAGUGGCUGGAGUGUGAUGAUGAGUGUAUUCGGGUACAUUCAGAUAAAGACUUUCGUAACUACCUCAGUGGAAAGGAUGGAAGUCUGUUAGGCUCACCGUAUGUAUUAUUCUAUAGAAAGGUUAGCAUGGACAAACUUGGCUAGAUGAUGUUUGUGUGUAUGUUAAAGCAUUACCAGUCCUUAGGGCCUAUAAGUAUAUAUGCCCUGGAGGAGGAAUGGUGUUAAGACAUCACAUAUGAAGGGUACAGGUGGAUGGUGGGCGAUUGUUGACAGAUUUGUUUUUUAUUACUAUAAAAUCCAAGCUAAUUAAUAGUAUCCUAUUUACUAGAGAUUGAUCUAUCUUGUACAUAGGGGGUGGGAUGGAUGAGCAGGAAAGGGUAAUGAUCGAACAUGCAAAAGAUGUACCAGAUUUUUUAUCAUACAUACUUUAUGCGUGGCUAGUCAUGAAAGAUUUUUUAAAGUGGCCAAAAUAUUUCGUUUGUAUUACUGAAGUAUUAGAAAUGCUCAAUGAGAAGUAUCGCUUCCAAGACAUUGGAUGUUAGAACCUAACACAAGUGUUGUUUUGUGUUUUUAAGUUAAUCAGAAAGUAUUGAAUAACAAAUUGACACAUAUUUGGUUACUGAAACAUUUAAAAUAAAUAAAGGGCACAAUAAACAAGCUGAUUCUUGUAUUGGCUGCGUUAAAUAUUGAGAAUCAUCGAUCAGUUGCUAUAGGAACUUUAGUUGCUAUUGGUUAGUCUGGGGUGUGGGUGGGGGUUGGGGGAAGGAUGUGAAGACAUGGAAUCGGACAAUGUGACAUAUUUUGGUAUUAAAAAGCAAAACGAGGACAAUACAUAAAUGCAUUCUUGUAAUAACGUUUGGUAUUUGAUGAUUGUAGUUUGUUUUAUUUGUUGUUAAAACUAUGAUGAAAGUAAGAAUGUGGGGAUAGGGAAUAGCUGUCUGUCUGUCUGUCUGUCUGUAUGUUUAUGUGGCUAACUUACUUUAUGGGCACAGAACUCAAAUAUGAAUUUUCAGAGGCAGCUGCACGUGUCACCAAAAGACCUUGAACUAGUCUGUGUAUAGAGUUCUGGUUUUGCUGUACCAAAUAAAAUCCCAUAGGCCACAAUGUUGACGUAUGUGUUUAAAUACUAGAUGCAAUAUAUAGACCAAACUAUGACUCAUACAUAUCAGUACUACAACUCCUCCAUCAAAGUAUUAAGUGGAGCAAGUGGAGCCUUUCACGGAUCAUGUUCAAUGUAGCCAGAUGGUUUUACAACACUCAUAGAUUUUCAUGGGCGGGAUUUAGCUGUUAGUUGAGCGCUCGCCUGAAGUGCUUGCGCCACAGGAUUGAAUCACCUCUGUGGAUCCAUUUAGCUGAUUUGUUUUUUUUCUCGUUCCAACCAGUGGACCACAACUGG